AUGCUUGAGGCACGCUCGUAUCAGGAAGGUAGCCUGUGGUUUUAUGCACCCAACAAGGGAGCUCCCAUCGCCUUCGCGACCCUCUUCGCUAUUUCGGGUGCAGUUCAUUUUUAUCAGAAUUUCAGAUAUAAAUCUUGGAAAGUGACGGGCCUACUACCAUGGUCGGCCCUCCUCUUUACCGCAGGGUUCAUUAUGCGAACCAUUGGCGCAUUCGGGCAAUGGGGCAACAUCGGUGUCUACAUCGCCAGCACAGUCCUGCUCCUCGCUGGCCCGCCUGUGUACGAAGGUGCCAAUUACUUUAUACUUGGUCGGAUUUUAUACUAUAUUCCCUACCACUCGCCCAUUCACCCUGGUCGUGUAUUCACCACGUUCAUUGCGGUGGGUGUGGCCAUUGAGUCGAUCACGGCGAAUGGAGCCGUUCGAGUCGCGAGCGCCGAUUCCACACCCAGUUCGCAAAGAACAGGCAAGGCACUGCUUAAAUCGGCUCUCAUUUUGCAGAUUGCUUUGAUGGUCGCAUUCAUGGCUCUGGCCGGAAGAUUUCACUACAACUGCUCCAAAGGCGGCGUGCUGAGCCGCAACAUCAAGCGCAACCUCAUCGUGCUCUAUACCAGUUCAACACUCAUUACCAUCCGGACCAUCUUUCGUACUGUCGAAUACUUCUCCGCUGCAAGCUUGAAUGUUUACACCGACAUCGAUCAUAUCAGCCCAGUCCUAAAGCAGGAAUGGUUUUUCUGGUUCUUCGAAACGGUAUUCAUGUAUAGCAACACUACACUGUUGAAUGUCUUUCACCCUAUGCAAGUAUUGCCGCACUCGAACAAGGUCUACUUGGCCAAGGAUGGCGUGACUGAGAUUGAGGGACCGGGAUAUGAUGACCCCCGUCCUUGGUUUGUGACACUCGUGGAUCCAUUUGAUAUUUACGGUCUGAUUGUUCACCGAGGCAAGAAGGAGAAAUACUGGGAAUCGACGGAGCUGCAACCGGCAACUACCUCGGGCACCAAGCAGGAGGCAUGA